ACAGUCAUUCGACCGAUUACUCCGACAGGCCCACCACACCCGGAGUUGGACGCCGUGACUCAGUAUCUAAUCACGCUCGCUUGAAUAUAUAUAUUUCCUCACACUCUCUAAUACUGAAACACUCCCAUCACCACAGACACGCGCAAGCCGCAAAGCGCGUCGACAGGUCCAAUCUUACAAACACCUCACACACCCCAACACGACUCUCCCCUCGCCAUCAUGAACGGCGUCAAGGCAGACCCCGACGUGAAGAUGGAAGGCACCACGCCAUCGGGCAGCGGCUACAUGGACGACGAGUUCUACGAAGACACGGGCGAACUCGCGCUUCCACAGGGAGAGGACAAGGAUGUUUGGCUGUCGCGCAUUCCCGACUGGCUCUACGAUGCAGUCUCCAAAUGGGAGGACCUCUCGGGCGGCAACGACAACGAUCCCAUCCAGAUUGGCGAGGUUCUCGGUUUUGCGACAACGAGUGGAAUCGACAAGGCGAGGCCGAUGCGCGUCUUCUUCAACGACCAGUGGCGAGCAAAGGCAAACCUCCCGACUGCCUUCCAGCUGGAUCCCGCACAGGCCACAGACACGGUGCUAGGAAACACAUACGUCUUUACAGAGAAAGACUUGCCAGGCUUCAGACCCAACGGCCACGGCUCCUUCAACCGGAAUGGCGCGCAAGGGAAUUCCGGCAGUGGAACCCAGGACCCCAAGGCACGCGUGCAGAAGCGAGGGAGGUACCGGAAAGCGAUUCCCAAGCAAACCGCGCUCGUCGGCCACGCAACACGUCAAUACAAUGCAAACCCGCUCGACACCAAAGAGUACAAAGAUUUCAGCGCCAAGCGCAUCAAGCAGGCCAUCCAAGGCUCACACACCCGCACCAACAUCACCGACACGCUCGAAAGCACAGACUACAACAAGCUCCAGCACAUGUUCGACGGCUUCGGCCGCUCGUCCACAAAGAAGAAGUCGCAACUCAACAAGGCUGCUCGUGUUUCCAGAGAGGAGCUCACCGAUAUGCUGCACGCUUGCUUCGACGAGUUCCAGUACUGGCCCAUGAAGGCGCUCAAGAAGAGAACCACACAGCCCGAAGCCUUCCUCAAGGAGGUCCUCGGCGACAUCGCUCAGCUCAUUCGCUCCGGUCCGUUUGCGAGCAAUUGGCAGCGUUUGCCCAUGUUCAACACCAAUCGCGAUAUCAGCGGGCAGCAGCAGGAGGCGGCGCCGGAGGGAGAGUCGGACGGCGAGGAGGAGAUGGAAGACGUUGUGUAGAAUCGGACACACAUCUCCCGAAACUUUGGGUUUGGGUGUAGGAGGAUUUGGUUAUAAGUGGGAAGGCAUGGAAAAAUCUGGUUCUG